CCAGAAACCACUCCUUUCGACGGCGGUGGUUCCUGGGGUUCUCGCCCAAGUUCCAGGGACUCAGUACCAUUUGGCUGAAAGCAAGAGUUUGGAUGCCUAAGGAAGAUCAUUUGCAGACUGCUUUUGGAACCCAAGAAAAUGGAUCCCAGCAGUGACUACCAUUUCCUCAAUCAGAUUUUGUGGAGGAGAGUGAAACUCACCUUGGUGUCUGGAGUCUUCCAGGGUGUGCUCCAGCACGUGGAUCCCAACAAGAUGGUUGUCCUGAAGAAAGUGAAGAAUGUGGAGAGUGGCCGGAGCACCCCGGGAGUGAAGCUGUUUUUUGGGCAUGAGAUCAUAAAUGUGGAACUACUGGACGAAGUGGAGCAAGGUGCAGCGGGGGAAAAGACAUCUUCCAUUAGUCUAACCACUGAGAGAGACAGGAUGGAUAAAAUGAAAGAUGAAGACCUAAACAUAUGUGAACCUGUAUCACCUCCACCGGAGGCGCUGACUACCUCUCUGCUCAGUGAUCUCAAAUACAGUCCAUCAGAGGAAGAGGAAGUGACAUACACAGUCAUUGAUCAGUUCCAACAGAAGUUUGGUGCUGCGAUGCUUCACAUCAAGAAGCAGAGUGUCCUGAGCGUGGCUGCAGAGGGAGCCAAUGUGUGUCGCCAUGGGAAGCUGUGCUGGCUUCAGGUAGCCACAAAUAGCCGAGUAUACUUAUUUGACAUUUUCCUUUUGGGAAGUCGUGCUUUCAACAAUGGACUUCAGAUGAUACUGGAAGACAAAAGAAUUUUAAAGGUAAUCCAUGACUGUCGUUGGCUUUCUGAUUGCCUCUCUCACCAGUAUGGAAUCAUGCUGAAUAAUGUCUUCGAUACACAGGUAGCAGAUGUCCUUCAGUUUUCCAUGGAAACAGGUGGCUUUCUUCCCAACUGCAUCAGCACUUUGCAGGAGAGUUUAGUCAGACACCUUAAAGUUGCCCCUAAACACCUCUCUUUUCUCGAAGAAAGACACAGGCUCCUGGAAAAUCCGGAAGUGUGGUUCACAAGACCUCUUCCACAUGCUUUAUUGAAAAUUUUGGCCCUGGAAGCGACCUACCUUCUCCCCCUCCGCUUGGUACUUCUGGAUGAGAUGAUGUCAGACCUAACCACCCUGGUGGAUAGGUACCUGAACACCUAUCGGGAAGGGUCUGCGGACCAGCUUGUAGGCACAGAGCCCACAUGUAUGGAGCUUCCAGAGGAACUACUACUACUAAAGGACUUCCAGAAGCAGCGCAGAGAGAGAGCAGAAAAAGAAUACAGAGUAAAUGCGCAGGGACUCCUAAUAAGGACAGUGCUUCAUCCAAAGCAAUCAGUAAUAGAGAAAGCAGGAAAGGAGGAACAAAUCCAAGGCGUCUUAGUCUGUAAAAAUUCUAAGGUAGAGAAAGUUCCAAGUUUUAUAUCUCGUGAUUUUCAAAAGCAUGUGAAGUCGCUGAAAGAAUCUAAGCAAGCAACAACAAAAGUUCCGUUUCAGCUUCCCAUGAAAGAAGAAGCCAGAAAGGAUGCCAGUAAUACACUCGCUGGCCCCGAGGACCAGAGGGACACGCAGGAAGAUGGCCUGAUGAUCCCCAAGAAUGCAUUUCAGACAAGUUCUUCUUUGAAAGAAGAGAUUGAACAGCUUCUGAUGGUAAAAAGUAAGGAGGGUCUCACGUGCACAAAACAAGAUGUUUCAGUGUCUCCUCUUCCUCAGGAAGCCAGAGUGGCACAGAGUGGUGCUGGUCCUCCUUUCCAAAGAGCUGUGACUUCCCCGCUUCCUCCCUGCCCAGCGCUGGAGAAGACAGAAUCCUGGAUGAAUCCAUCUCUAAAUCUGCCUUAGAUGCGCAUAAGAGCACGAGGCUUUGAGUUCAAACCCCAGUAAUGUGUACACACACACACACACACUCAGACACACAUGGGACUUAGGACUUGGAGUUUGUUUUGAAGCAGGCACCAUACAGGUACCUGGCUCACUUUCCCUACUAUCUUUGGCCUUCUUCAAUGCCUAAGUUUUCUCAUGCUGUAUGUUUGUUAUAUCUUCAUAAGCUUCCAGGAACAAUGACAUCCUCAUGCUUACUCACACAUUCCUGAUAUUUGGUCUAGAGUGGGAAUGGAUAAGUUAAAUAAUGAAAGCGGUAAAAUGUCUGAUUAUGUCACUGUGCAGAAAUGUUCACAGUGGCCAGAGUAAAUUACUUCUCAUAAUUCAGGUUUAAAUGACUUGAGAAAGGGGAAAAUAUCUUAGGCUUAAUAUCAAGAAAAAAAUCUAGUUUUUUAAUUUAGUGAGGUUUUCUUCUUCUUCUUCUUUUUUUUUUUUUUUGGGUGCUGGG